AUGGACGAUAAUAACAAUUUUAGCGCUGCAGAAAUCCAACGUCUCUAUAAACGUUUUAUGAAACUAGAUAAAGAUAAGUCGGGUGCUGUUGAUCGUGAAGAAUUUCUCUCCAUUCCGCAGAUUGCAAGUAACCCACUUGCGUCGAGAAUGAUUGCCAUAUUUGAUGAGGAUGGUGGUGGUGAUGUCGACUUUAAGGAAUUUUUAUCUGGACUAAGUGCAUUUAGCGUAAAAGGAAAGAAGGACGAUAAAUUGCGUUUCGCAUUUAAGGUAUAUGACAUGGAUCGUGAUGGGUAUAUAUCUAACGGUGAACUGUUUCUUGUAUUGAAAAUGAUGGUUGGUAAUAAUCUCAAGGAUAAUCAACUCCAACAAAUCGUUGAUAAAACUAUAAUGGAAGCUGACAAAGAUAUGGAUGGAAAAAUUUCUUUUGAGGAAUUUUGUUCGAUGAUUGAAUCAACCGAUAUAGCAAAAAGCUUAACGUUGACAGAAUUCUAG